AUGCCUUUCGGUUCAGAAGGGAAGAGACCUGACAGUCCUUGCGAUAAUACGCCCACCAAGAAGAGGGUCAACGAUCUAAGGGUUGAAAGAGUCCCCGGGGAGUUUGAAGGACUCGGAAGCUUUUUGAUAGGGGAUCUACAACUAGUCUGGAAGGCUCAAGAACAUAUUACAUCGGCUCAAGAAGACAUUGGCCGAUCUAUUCGACGUGAAAUCCUCAGCGCCUUGCAAAAUCGAGUGCAUAAAAUACUACCUCGGCGAGUCUUAGAACGACAGCGUCUUGAGCAGCAACAGGCCGAGCAAUAUCGGGCUGGACAGCAUUGUCUCCAUCUACCUCAUCAGACCAGUCCCACUGUACAAAUCAGCAUUACAAGCGCUUGUGGUAAAUUUACCCAGGGAUAUUCCCCAGAUGCAACGGCUAUCCUCCAUAAAUACAGCUCUAGCGACGAAAACAAUUCGAAUGAGCAGACUUCAGUGUGA